AUGGCGUCUGGCGACGAAUCCGCGGGGCUGGUGGCCACCCACGGCGAGGAUAGCUGCAUCUUCUGCAAGAUUGUGGGUGGCAAGAUCCCGUCGCACAAGGACAUGCCAGAAGAGGAGAGUGCGCAGCUGCUGAAGCUGCUGCCAGCCGUGUCCAAGGCCGUGCGCACAGCCACGGGCGCAGAGGGGGUCAACAUCUUCCAGAACAACGGUGGGCCGGCAGGGCAGGUGGUGUUCCACGUGCAUGUGCACGUGCUGCCGCGCACCGAAGCUGACGGGCUGCUAUCGUUUGGCAAGAGUGGGCCGAUGAUUGCGGCAGACGAGGCCAAGGAGGUAAAGGAGGCCAUAGCCGCUCUUCUCCCCUCACACCUCUGA